AUGUCCUUAGAGAGCUGUAGUAUCUGCCUGGAGGACGUCCAGACGGAGGCUCCUCUGCACCUGCUGCGUCUGAAGGUGCACGUUGAGAGGAAGCAGCUGGAGGUGCUGAUGCAGGACUCUGAGGCCGAGCUGACCCGAGAGAACAGACACCUGGCAGGGACGGGCAGUGAGAGGCUGGUCCGAGAGCACCGGGCGUUCUUCCGGGAUCAGGGCCCUCUGUCUGUGUGUGAGAAGAGGCUGCAGACAAUGGAGGAAACGUGCCUGAAGCUCCCUGAAGGAGACGCUGCUCUGCAGACGCUGGAAGGAGCCAGGAAGGACUUCUGUGAUCUGAAGCAGGAGAUACAGAGCACGCAUCAGAAGCUGCUGCAGCACCAGGACAAGUGGAAGGAGUACAGCGCCAGGUGACAGCACUUCUCUAUAUACCAAUGCAUCUAUUAGUUUGAGUUCAGAGACAAGUGGAAGGACUACAGCGCCAGGUG